AUGCUUGCUUACACUAAUCGCGUCACCUUCGCGGAUUUGGUGGCUCCGCGCUAUAAAGAUGCACUUUUUUCUCUUUACCCAACAUUACUAGGCCACGAAGACGCCCUAGCUAAUGGAAUCUUGCCUAGCAGAUGUAAUUGGCAGGAUUAUGAACUUGGCCGCACUCCGAGUGGCUACCUGGCUGCCAACGACAAUUUCUAA